ACGGCGUGACGUCACGCAGCGUCGCUUGCGCUUCCUGGUGUACAGAAGAGGAGAAGUGAAACAUUGCGACUGAACUUCUCAGGAAGACAGGGAGGUGGGGGGAAAAAAAAUAAAAAAGAAAGAUGGUCUGAAAUGUGUCUCAGGUAGACAGAAAGAGAGAGAGGUGCCCUGUUGCUUCGCGGCGCGUCGCGAUGCUGUAGCCAUGGACAGCAGAAUACGUGAGAAUCCAGAAAGGACGUUUGAUCUGGUGCUGCAGGUGUCAUGUCCGUCGUCUGAAAAUGAAGAUCCGACAGUGCUGUGGAAGUUCCCCCAGGACUAUGGAGACCAGGAGGUCCUGCAGACGGUGCCCAAGUUCUGUUUCCCCUUUGAUGUAGAAAGAGUGUCCCAGAAUCAGGUGGGCCAGAACUUCACGUUUGUUCUGACUGAUAUCGAGAGCAAGCAGAGGUUCGGAUUCUGCCGUCUCACCUCCGGCUGCAAGGUGUGCAUCUGUCUGCUCAGCUAUCUUCCCUGGUUUGAGAUUUACUACAAGCUGCUAAACACCCUUGCAGACUACUUAACAAAACACCAGGAAAGCGAUCUGAAUGACGUGUUGGCGAAGUUGCACGGGCUGGCCGUGCCGAAACCGAACACAGCCGUAACGCUGAGCGUGCACUUGCACUUUGUUGCCCCAGAUAUUACUGCACUUCCUACCAUACCUGAAAACAGGAAUCUAACAGAGUACUUUGUGGCAGUGGAUGUGAAUAACAUGCUGCACCUGUAUGCCAGCAUGCUGCAUGAGCGGCGCAUCAUCAUUACCUCGAGUAAGCUUAGCACUUUAACCGCAUGUGUGCAUGGCUCAGCUUCCAUGCUCUACCCCAUGCACUGGCAACACAUCUACAUCCCUGUUCUUCCCCCACACCUGCUGGACUACUGCUGUGCGCCCAUGCCAUAUCUGAUUGGAGUUCAUCUGAGCCUGUUAGAGAGAGUGAAGAGCAGAUCCCUGGAAGACGUGAUCAUUCUUAACGUGGAUACAAACACACUGGAGAGUCCUGCCAACGACCUGCACAACCUGCCCAGUGAUGUGGUCUCGAGUCUGAAGAGUAAGCUGAAGAAGCAGUCGACUGCCACGGGCAGCGGAGUGGCUCGGGCCUUCCUGCGCUCUCAGGCUGCACUGUUCGGCUCCUAUCGAGAUGCUCUGAGAUACAAACCCGGAGAGCCAAUCACCUUCUGUGAAGAGAGCUUCGUGGCACACCGCUCCAGCGCCAUGAAGAGUUUUCUUGAGAUGGCUGUGAACCUGCAACUCUUCAAGCAGUUCAUUGAUGGCAGACUGGCCAAAUUAAAUGAAGGAAGGGGUUUCACAGAUGUCUUUGAAAACGAGAUCACAGAGGGGGGCUUUUGCGGAAGUAAUUCUAGGUCUUAUCAACAGUGGAUGCAUACUGUGAAGAGAGGUGUGAAUAAGGCAAGCCCAGCUGUGAAAUCUGCUUAUAAGAUUGCGAAGGUUCAUGCAAAAAAAGGCUUACGUGGUGUGAAGGACAGGAUGAGACUUAAGGACACUGAGGAAGAGGGAGGUCUGUACUGUGCAGGUUCUCCCACCAGCACUAAAAGCCUCUCACCGAGGAGGCUUCAGAAGAGAAGGUACCAGCAUCAAAAUUCCCAUAAGUAUAUCAGCUUUCCGGACUAUCCCAUUGAUAUGGAAGAUGAACUGGACACAGCUAGCAAAAUCUCCUCCGAGGACAGUAGUGAGAUGCCAUUCUACAUGGAGGACAGUGAUGACUCGUGCGACUUGGAGCAUGAGGCAGGACAGACAGGCGAAAUGAAUUUGCUGGAAGAGAUCCUAGAUUCAUUGAGCACCACCACAUUAGAUCAUGGCUCAAAGCUCUCCUCGGCCAAGAGCCUCGACUUCUUCAGGUCCAUGGAUGAGCUCGACUGCAGUACUACGAACAUGUCUCUAGCUAAGACUAGUCCAGUUCAGGCUGGUGAUGGGGGCACGGCCACCUGCGGAGAUCAGAGUGGCUGGAACAUGGGGCAGGAUGACAGUGCCAUCAAUGGCAAGCACCUCCCUCCUUCUCCUCGUCGCCAGUGCAGCACUCGCUCACUGCCAGCUCCUUCUACCAAACCCUGCAAGGCCCUUGCAGACACGAGGAAUUCUCUCAUGGAGCCUCCCACUCAGCCCCCAGCAUUUGAAAUGAGUGAGAGCGCCAGCCUUCCUGACCAUCUAGAGCCUCCCUCGGACCUGAAGCAGAGCCCAGAGAGCCAGGUGACAGAGGUCCACAGUGGCCUGAGGAGGAAAGUCCUAUCCAAAGAGACUCUGAGGCACUACCAGGAGCGUACGCAGCAAGGAGGAAGCAACAGGCUGCCCUCACUGCUUAUUCCUUGGGAGAAAGAGAACAAAGGUGAUGGAGAAAAGAUGGACCAAGAGGGGGCCGUGGUGCAGGAAAAAGGCUUGCUGGAGGAAAUUGAGUGUCGCCUUAAUGCAGCGCUGAACUCUAACUUGUAACUCACACCAGUCCACAACAGUACAGUACAGUACAGUACAGUACAGUACAGGUCUGGACAAAAGCUGAGAAUGUGAGCAUCCUCCUUUUCCUUUCCUACAUGUACACCAUACUCCUUCUGUAUCAGAGCUAUUUUUUGUAUCAUUUACUGAGUUUUAUCUGUGUGUACUUGUAGUUACUUUAAGAAUUGUUUGAAUAAUGGGUGUUGGUAUGUUUGUUUGGUAAAAUAAUUAGUGUAUCAUAGGUGAUUCCAAGGGGCGGCACAGCAGCAGUGCAGCAGGUUGCAUUGCUAUCUCACAGCUCCUGGUUCGAUCCUGGGCUUGGGUUACUGUCUGUGUGGAGUUUCGCAUGUUCUCUCUGUGUUUAUGUGGGAUUCUUCUGGGUUCUCCAUUUUUUUCCAACCUCCCAAAAACAUGCCAGUAGCUGGAUUGGCUAAGAUAAAUUGCUCCUUGGUAUAAAUAAGUGUGUCAGUGUAUGUGUGCACAUGGUGCCCAGUGAUGGACUGGCGUCCCGCCCAGGGUGUAUUCCUGCCUCGUGCCCAGUGUUCCUGGGACAGGAAUCGGAUCAACAGUGACCCUGACUAGGAAAAAGCGCUUACUGAAUGUGAGUGAGGUGAUUCCAAGCCAGUAAUUUGCACUUCCAAACAGGUACAUUAGUUAAUCACUGUAACUCUAAAUUUUUAGAGAACAAGCUUCUGUCCACAUUAAUAUAUUUUUACAAAAGACUAUUUUUUGAACAAAACAGUAUGCCUUAAACAUAUUUCUGAUUUGCUUCUGGUACUAUGCAGUGUUCUUUAACCGUGAAUCUAGACUCAUGCUACCUUAGAUGUCUGUAUCUGUAGGUCAUUCUUAUUCCUCAGUUAUGUGGUUUUUUUGUGGUGUACAUGUAUACCUCAGAAAGAACAGCAUGUUUUGGUUCAAUGCAGGUAGUGUAGGUGUGUUUCUUAUCCUAAGACUAUUCUCAGGUUUGUGUUUUCUUCAAAUAUGAUGUUUAUAUGUUGACCUUGGCUCUGCUGUGCAUUAGAUGCUAUGCAGCAUUGUUUUUUUUCUUUUAGGACUCUUGCCACUAAAGGACAUGUUAGCCAAGCUGUAGGUGAACACAUAGGUAUGGAUUGUGAAAACAGGAUCCAGUUUUCCUCAUCACUGUAGCCACAAAGUGUUUUAAUACAAGACAUGCUGAAUCUUAGAGCACUUGUUUGAUGGAAAUGGAAAAUAUGGCCAUUCCAAGUGCCAGGGUACUAGCUGACAUGAAACUUUAAAAAAAGGCAUUUUUUUGUUCGUUUUAUACAAUCAGAGAAAAUUCCCCCCCUCCCAGAAGUUUUAGAUAUUGUGUGUAUUCCAAGUAUUCUGUUUCAUUUCAAUUCAGUCACAAUUGCUUGAGCUCCCAUUCAGCCUCCACGUGUCCAUUACGAAGGGCACUCAAUUCAUGUGGGCUGAUUAAGUGUUAAGCCUCUUAUGUGUGGAGAUUUAUACCACAUACUAAUCUGUCAGACACUUUAAAAGCUAACCUCACCCCCAACUCUCUGUGUGUGUCUGUGUGUGUGCACGCACGUGCGUGUGUGUGUUGCUCUGUGCUAAUGUGGUAGUACGAAGCAUUCUGUCUGUUGGCACAUUGUGUUAUCAGUGUGACUUUUUUCUGUAUGGUCGAGUUGUCAUGACUUUCAGGUAUUUAAACAGAAAGCCCUGUAUUUGUGUGACAGUCUGCUGUCUAAGGCUGUUAGAAACUGUUAUUCUGAAUCAUUUUAUUUUUUAAAUAACGAAGUAUUCUGCUGUAUUAUGACCCGGUUCAUGUUAAAGUGGUAUUAGUUCAUCAAAUAAUGGGCCUCAUUGAUCAAUCUUUUAGUAAAAUUGUGUGUAUAUUUUUGCGUAAACUAAAAAUUUCCGCCGAAUUUACUAAAGUUUUGGAAACGCUGAUUUUUUUCAAUCAAAUUCAAGUAAAUUAUCAAGCGUGUUCCCAAUACAGCUCAUUUUCAUGUAGUGACGCCCACAAAACUCCAUAAAAGUUCACGUGCGCAGACAGCUAGUAGCAAGAAAUUUACGAUCAGGGUAAAGCCUGAAAAACAGAGGUGGAGGUUAUUUUGACUCACUUCCUCUGCCAAUAAAAAUAUUAAAAAUAUAUAUACAAUAGUAAUAAUAAAAAGCGAGCACUAAAUUUUCUGUCACUGAGGCAUUUGUUUAGGGCUACGUGCAGACAGACCGACCCGUCCUCCAUUUAUAUGGUUACAUUUCAUUUCUCAUAGUUGAAUGACUUUUGUCUUAAUUUAUGGGUUUGUGUUGACUCUCUUUCUUUAUUUUUCAUAUUCUUUAAUUAAUGCCAAUAAGAUAAAAAGACUGGUUUAAACAAACUGUUCUUGAUGGUACUCUUAGUCUCUGACCCAGUGAACUGGCAUGAGGAUGUGUUUUUGAGAGAGACUCCAAAGCUCUUCUAAGUCGCUCUGGAUAAGGGCAUCUGCUAAAUGCUGUAAAUGUAAUAAAAUUAAGCAAUUUGAAUUAUAUAUUUCAUAUAUAUAAGUACAGUAGUUUAUGUAAAUUAUUUGAUUUGAGGUCAAUCGAGUCAAGGUUUACAUUAGUUAGUCUUAUGCGUAAAUUUACACACACUCAGGAGCACGAGUAGGAUACGAACACUUCGAAAAUUACAGGAUUUUCAUGAAUAUCACAUUUCUUGUGUAAACACUCAUACGAACAAUUUAUGAACAAAUCUGUUCAUAUCCAGCUUGAUACAUGAGGCCUGAUGUCUUUUAGAGGCUUUUGGAUGCGUUACGAUGUCCUUACUUGUUAGUACAAAACUACAGAGCCAAAUUUCUGAAUUAACUAAAAUUAUUAUUAAAUUCAAUUAAAAUUUUAAUUAAAAUUAAAUAAUACAUUAUAAAUCUCACAAAUAAUUGUAAUCUUUAAUGCACAAGCAAUUAUUAUUAGUAGUAGUAUUAGUAUUAUUUUGUGCACAUUAUUGGUUCUGAGAAAUAUUAAUAUUAAAAUAUAUUUAUAUUUAAAAUAUAAAUAUUAACAUUGAAAGUGUCAAAUAUAGUAGCAUUACAUUAGGUACUACAUUUUUUGUGUUUUAUUUGAAAUUUGCUCCGUUGUGAAACAUCCUGGGGUUGUGUUGUUACUGAAUAAGGAAAGAAAUUUUCUUGUGCCAGGUUUCAGUAUUCUUUGAGGGGAAAAAAGUAAACAGGUUCAUUAAUUAAAUUUCAUAUUUUAAUGCAAUAUGGGUGUGCCUUAUUAAGUGAAUGCAACUGAAGGAGUAGGUACAUUAAGUUCAUCCCCCUCCUUCCCCCUACACAGUUUGCCUACUUGAUUUUAUAUAUAUAUAUAAUGUAUUUAUUAGGAAUGGCAGAGGCUCUGUUGUACGUGUGGAGGGUAUUUUGCUGUGGGGACAUUUUGCUGGCAGGGUUUUGGUCCACUUGUUCCCUUCUAUCCUGAUGGGCGUGGUCUCUUCCAGGAUGACUCCGCCCCCAUCCCCAGGGCAUGAAGUUUCAUUGAGUGGGUUGAUGAGUAUGAAAUUGAUAAAUUCUAUGCUGUGGUCUUCACAGUCACCAGAUCGCAACACAAUUAAACACUGAUGUGAGAUUUUGUUACAAACUGUUAGACAACGCUCUCAUCUUACCCAUUAUCAAAAUACCACCUGAGGAAAAAUCUUUUGGAAGAAUGGCGUUCAUCUGUCCAGUACAGUUCCAGAGAGGUGUAGAAUUUAAAGCAAAGUGAAUUGACUCUUCUGGUGGCUUAAACCCUUUGUUGGUUUUUCCUUUAAUUUUAAUUUCCUUUCAUUUUAAUUUACCCAUCUGUAUCUGAAUGAAUGGAAGUUAUUUUGUUAUGUGUAUUGUUAUUUGCAGCCGAUCAGUUAAAUAACUCUCAUUUAUGCAUUUAAAAAGGUAUUUCACUGCAUACUGCUAAGAUGGUGUUUGAAAAGACAAAAGAUGUGUUUUCUUUAACAUAUUCUAAUUUCCUGUCCUCUAGCUUAACAGUUUACUUCAUCAUUCAUUUCGUUGUUAUUCUGGUUUUUUUAAUGCCACAGAAAUUGACAAGUUUUCAUGGAACGUAAUAGUCAAACGGCAUUGUAAAUGAUUUCCUGGUAAUUAUAAAACACUACUAGGCACCAGGUAGAUGGCAAAUAACUUUUCAAAAGAAACCAGCAACUUCAUUUCAACCUUUCAUUUCCUCUUGUUGAGUUGUUUUUCAUUUUAGACGUUUUGAUAAAACUGCUGAUAAAAUCUAAGAAAAGAACCACUGUAUUUUAAAUGCUGUCUUCAUGUGAGUACAGUGGAUAUAAAAAGUCUACACACCCCUGUAAAAAUGGCAGGUUUUUAUGAUGUAAAAAAUGAAGCCAAGGUAAAUCACGUCAGAACUUUUCCCACCCUCAAUGUGAAAUUACAACGUGAUUCUGAAAAACAGAAAUCAGAAACAUUUUAUGGAAAAAUAUGAAAAAUAAAAAACUUGCAAUAACCUGGUUAACCAUAAGUGUGCACACCCCUAAACUGAUACUUUUUUGAAGCAGCUUUUGAUUGUAUUACGCCACUCAGUCUUUUUGGAUAAGAGUCUAUCAGCGUGGCAUGUAUUAACUUGGUAAUAUUUUCUCACUCUUUCCUGCAAAAACAUUCUAGAUCCGUCAGAUUGUAAGGGCGUCUCCUGUGCACAGCUCGCUUCAGGUCACACCACAGAUUUUUAGCUGGAUUCAGGUCUGGACUCUGGCUCGGUCACUCAAAACAUUGAUCUUCUUUUAGUUAAACCAUUCCUUUGUUGAUUUGGAUGUAUGCACUGGGUCGUUGUUGUGCUAAAAGGUGAAAGUCCUUUUGAUCUUCAGCUCACUAGCAGACACCUGAAGGUUUUACACAAAAAUCGACUGGUAUUUGUAGAUAUUCAUGAUUCCCUCCACCUUCAUAAAGCCCCAGUUCUGGCUGAAGAAAAGCAGCACUAAAGCGUGAUGCUGCCACCACCAUGCUUCACCGUGAGUAUAGUGUCCUUUUAGUGAUGUCCUUUUUUUUUUUUUUUUUUUUUGCACCAAACAUACCUUUUAUAAUUAUGGAAUUAUUAUACACAGCCACAUCCCCAAAAAUAAAAGGAUAUGCACGCUUAUGCAACAAGAUUAUUGUAACUUUUUAUUUUUCCGUAAAAUGUUCCUGAUUGGUUUUCAGUUAAUUUUUAUACACUGUAAUUUCACAUUAAGGGUGGAAAAAGUUCUGACAUGAUUUCUCUUGGUUUCAUUUUUUUUACAUCACAAAAACCUGCCCUUUUAACGGGAGAGUGUAGACUUUUUAUAUCCACUGUAUAUUCAUGCAUGAUCUUGUCUAAAGUAUAAGACUUUUUGAAUGCAUUAUUUAUUUCUAAAAAUUACCUGUUUCAUGAAUGUGCUUUAUUAAAUGAAAAACUAUUUUAAA